GUGGAAGAGGAAUAGAGGACAGAAGCAAAAGCAGAGCCACCAGAAUCAAAUUUGGACCUAACUUACGAGCCUUGUUUCUUUCAUCUUCCUUUUGUACUUUUUUUUGUUUUGUUUUAAAUCUCGCCAAAAAACUCGUACAAAAGACGAGAAGAAUGCGUCGAGAAACAAAAUUAUAACUUUGUUGUCAUUUGAGAAGUGGCACGCGCUAACCGCCAACCGGACUAUUUUAACGUCUUUCUGAUUAGCAUUAGCAUAAUGUUUUGACAAACGUUAUAAGUAAAGACUUGGUCCCAUUUCAAGACAUAUUUUUGUAAUAGUUGUACUAGUAGAUUCGGAGAGAGAGAGAGAGAGGGGGAGAUGACACCGCUGGUUGGACUGCUGCUGAUGGCGGUGCUGUUGCACUUGAGCACCCAGGCUGGGACGGACAGGCAAAUCAAUCCUGAGUCAUGGCUGCAACAAUAUGGUUACCUUCCCCCGGGGGACAUGCGGACCCACAGUCUACGCUCCCCUCAUUCCAUCCCCUCAGCCAUCGCCGCCAUGCAGAGGUUCUACGGCCUCAAGGUCACCGGCUCGUUUGACACCGACACCAUAGAGGCCAUGAAGAGAGCACGCUGUGGUGUGCCGGACAAGUUUGGUGCCGAGUUGAAGACCAACCUGAGGAGAAAGCGUUACGCCAUCCAGGGCCUGAAGUGGACAAAGAACGAAAUCACAUUUUCGAUACAGAACUACACCCCAAAGGUGGGCGAGUACGAGACCCACGAGGCCAUCAGGAGAGCCUUCAAGGUGUGGGAGGCGGUUACGCCACUGCGCUUCCGGGAGAUUCCCUACCAUUACAUACGGGACAAGGUGGAGGAGUUUGCCGACAUCAUGAUCUUCUUUGCGGAGGGUUUCCACGGCGACAGCAGCCCCUUCGACGGCGAGGGGGGCUUCCUGGCGCACGCUUACUUCCCUGGGAACGGCAUCGGCGGCGACACCCACUUCGAUGCCGCUGAGCCUUGGACGAUCGGAAACCGGGACCUGAUGGGAAACGACAUCUUCCUGGUGGCGGUCCAUGAGCUGGGCCACGCUUUGGGUUUGGAGCACUCCAGCGACCCCUCCGCCAUUAUGGCUCCUUUCUACCAGUGGAUGGACACUGAGAACUUCAUACUCCCAGACGAUGACCUCAGAGGCAUCCAACAGCUUUACGGCUCCGGCUCAGGAUCUCAUCCUCCGUUUGUGACACCACGUGUACCGACGGAAACAACUCCCGGCUAUUCCCCGGAUAGGCCUCGCUUUGGGCCGAACAUCUGUGAAGGACACUUUGACACCAUCGGGAUCCUCAGAGGGGAAAUGUUUGUCUUCAAGGAUAAAUGGUUCUGGCGAGUACGUAACCACCAGGUGAUGGAUGGCUACCCCAUGCCCAUCGGUCACUUCUGGAGGGGGCUGCCUUCUCACAUCAACGCCGCUUUUGAGAGGGAGGACGGCAAAUUCGCUUUCUUUAAAGGUGACAGGUACUGGGUGUUCACGGAAUCUCUCCUCGAUUCUGGAUACCCCAAAAGUAUCAAGGAAAUGGGGACUGGCCUUCCCAAAGAUCGCAUCGAUGCGGCGCUGUACUACACCCCCACUGGCCAGACCUUCUUCUUCAGAGCUAGCAAGUAUUACCGUUUUAACGAAGCCUCGAGAAGUGUUGAUGACGGUUAUCCGAGGCCGAUUAACGUCUGGCAAGGAGUUCCCGACAAUAUCAAGGCAGCCUUCAUGAGCAAGGAUCAAGCGUACACGUAUUUCUACAAAGGCAAUAAAUACUGGAAGUUCAACAACCAGAUGAUGCGCGUGGAGCCCGGGUACCCCAAGUCGGCGCUGCGUGACUGGAUGGGAUGUCCCAACGAAGACCCCAAAACGGACGGAGGACGCAGCGGCCACGACACGGACAAGGAUCGAGACCACAAUGACGACGACAAAGACCGAACGAGAGACAGGGAGCGGGAGAGAGAGAGAGAACCCGAGACCAGAGUGGAGGAGGAUGCGGAGGAGAAGGAGGAGGAUACGGAAGUCAUCAUUAUCGAAGUCGACAAGGAAGGCGGGUCAGGGAGCGGCGGUGGCGCGGCGGCCGUGGUCAUUCCGUUGUUCCUGUUGGUGUGCGUGAUCGCCACGCUGGCGGCGUUGGUGUUCCUGCGUCGCUACGGGACUCCACGUCGGCUCCUCUACUGCCAACGUUCCUUGCUGGACAAAGUCUAGAGGAUAGGGGGGUAUCGGGGGAGGGGCGGGGGGAGUUACGGAACGGGGACUGAAGGAGAAAGGAGUGGAAGGAAGGUUGAGGAGCACUUAAGGUUGGAAACCACUGCAAGCGUCGUCACUUCCACGAUGUUCUCCGUCCAACACUUUUUAAAAUUUUGGCCUUUUGCGGUUUUAGUAUCGGCUGACGUCAUUGGAGGGCCUCUUUGGGGUUGUCGUUUUUUGAACCUUCUGAUAGGACGAGCCAGUGUGAAGCAUAAAAGUGAUCCAAGUGUCUUCAACCCUUUGGUUAUAUCCAUGCUGAUGUUGUCAUUAUUAUUCCCAAUAUGGCUACCAUUGCUGGUGUCUUGUUUUUUUUUGUACAUUGUCAUUAAAAGGUCCUGCUGGACAGUGACAUACACUUUGGAAAGUGGCCUAAUUUUAUAUGUUGGUGAAAACUUGACUCUUUUUAUUUCAUCCUCAAAUGAAAAAAAUAAAUCAAUUGAUGUGAAACAAGA